AUGACAGAUUAUCCUAAUUCAGAGGCAUUCACGUUUGACGAAGCAAGCCAGGAUUUACAACUCACCAUGACACCAUCACAUCUGGAUACAUCCACUCCGUACAACACACAGGGAGAUUCAGAGAGAGUCAAAGUGAUUUGGGGCACGACAAUCAACAUCCAGGAAACAGCAGAACAGUUUAAGGAAUUCAUUCGAAGUAAUCAAAGAUGCAUAAAUCAACUAGAAGAAAUGGAGUUAACGAAGGAGUUUGUGAUGGAAUUGGACUGUAACGAGUUGGAUGAAAAUUAUGAGAAACUGAAGGAGCAGCUGUUGAACUAUCCAACAGAGGUGAUUCCGAUACUGGAGAAUACGCUGGUGGAGUUGUAUGGAGAAAGGAAGCCAGACGAACAGCCACAGAUCAAACUGAGGCCAGUUGGGAUUGGAGGAGACGUCGUGAUACGAAACCUGAAUCCAGAAGACAUCGAUAGAAUCGUUCGUGUUGUUGGAAUGGUAAACAGGUCGAGUGGAAUCAUACCAGAAAUCAAGAAAGCCUGCUACAAAUGCAUAAGCUGUGGAAUUACGCUUAAUGUUGAUUCAGUCAAAGGCCUUGUGAAUGAGCCAAUUUCAUGUGACUGUGGAAGCAGAUUCUCAUUUGAAAUGAGGCAUUUGGAUGGAGAAUACACGGAUAAGCAGAUUGUUCGACUACAGGAGCUGCCUGAGAAGAUUCCAGAAGGAACGGCGCCAAUGACGAUCACAGUCGUCGUCAAGAACGACCUCGUCGACAAACUUGUUCCAGGCGACAAAAUUGUUGCAAUUGGCGUUUUGAAAGCUGUCCCAGUUAAGCUUAAUCCACUUAUGCGUAAAGUAAAGAGCACUUUUAGGGUGUUUCUGGACCUGCUGAACGUGGAACACGUACAGGAGCAAAGGAGGCCAGAUGAGGAGUUUCUGGAGCAGGUUGGUGAGCUAUCAAGGCAGGAGAACAUCUACGACCUUCUGACAGCCUCGUUUGCUCCUUCCAUUUUUGGACUCGAAAAUGUCAAGAAAGCGGUGCUGUUGCAGCUGUUUGGAGGCGUAGCAAAGCAAACACAGAACAGCAAUCACAGAGGAGACAUCAACAUCCUUCUGGCUGGUGAUCCAGGAAUCUCCAAGUCGCAGCUGCUCUCAUUCGUAAACAGAAUCUCAGACAGAGGCAUCUACACGUCAGGUCGUGGCUCAUCUGCUGUCGGACUGACUGCUUCAGUUGCAAGAGACGGUGAUUCGGGCCAAUUCAUCCUGGAAUCAGGCGCACUUGUUUUGAGUGACAAUGGUGUCUGUUGCAUUGAUGAAUUUGACAAAAUGAGUGAUACGACUAAGAGUGUCCUUCACGAAGUGAUGGAGCAGCAGACUGUCUCAAUUGCCAAGGCUGGCAUCAUCACCACUCUGAAUGCACGUUGUUCCAUUCUGGCAUCGUGUAAUCCAAUUGAAUCAAAAUACAAUCCAAAGAAAUCAAUAGUUGAAAACCUGAAUCUGCCACCAACGCUUCUCAGCAGAUUCGACGUCAUUGCUCUGCUGAUUGACAAGGCAGACGAGGAGCACGACAGACGCGUUGCUGAACACAUCGUCGACUUGUUUUGCUGCGAUCAGAAACCAGCACCAAUCAGUAUUGGACUUCUUAAGGCGUACAUUAAGGAAGCCAAGAAAAUCAAUCCACGUCUCACAGCUGAAUCAAAACAGCUGAUUUCUGAGGCGUAUGUUGAUUUGAGGCAGUUGGAUAACGGCAACUCCAUCACAGCCACAACCAGACAGCUUGAGAGUCUCAUUCGUCUUGGUGAAGCCCAUGCCAGAAUGAGAUUCAGCAGAUCUGUUGAAAAGCAGGACGUGAUUGAAGCAGUGCGUCUCAUUAAAGAGAGUCUGCUUCUCUAUGCAUUGGAUCCACGAACUGGUAAGAUCGACAUGGAUAUGGUGAUAUCAGGCCACUCCAAAUCAAAGACGAAGCUGAUUGAGGAUUUGAAGAAGGAGAUUCUGGGCGUGAUAAAAAGAAGCAAAAAGAAGAACAUUCUGGUGGAGAGGAUUCAAGAGGAGUUGAAGGGACUUGAUGAUCAGAUUCUACAGGAGGCCAUUAUGGAACUAGCAAAUGAGGAAGAAAUCUACUACAACGAGAAGAACAAGGUCAUUGAGAGAAUUACGAAAUAA